AUGGAAAAAGCUUCGACAGAUCUCCCAACACAAGGACCACCGAAUGCCACACCGGAUGAAGCGCAAACUACCUCCCAGCCUCAGGUCAAAGCCUGGUCUUUGGCCUUUCUCACUGUCGCCUUAUGUCUAGGCAUAUUCUGCAUGUCCUUGGAUGUCACAAUUAUUACCACCGCCAUUCCACAUAUCACGGAUCAAUUCAACUCAUUCGACGACUUGGGCUGGUACGGCAGCUCUUAUCUUCUCACAAAUUCCGCAACAACCCUUGCUUUUGGCAAAUUGUACAAAUUCUACUACAUAAAAUGGGUAUACUUAUCUGCGCUGUGCUUGUUUGAGAUAGGUUCAGUCGUGUGCGGGGCUAGCCCUAACUCUAUUGCUUUUAUUAUAGGUCGAUGCAUUGCUGGUCUAGGUGCUGGAGGCCUAUUCACCGGGAGUAUUCUCAUAAUCGCCCGAACUGUGCCUUUGCAUCGUCGCCCAAUCUUCACAGCCUCUCUGGGCAGCAUGUACGGCAUUGCUAGCGUUGUGGGUCCUCCGUUGGGAGGUGUUCUCACAGAUCACGUCUCUUGGCGAUGGUGUUUCUACAUCAAUUUGCCCAUCGGUGGUGUGACGACACUGUUCGUUUUGUUCUUCUUCCAUGGCGACGGGCCGGUCAAAAGCCGCCCAAAGCUAGGCCAACAGCUAGGCCAACUCGACCCCAUUGGCACCGCCAUGUAUCUACCCGCUAUUGUUUGUGUUCUAUUGGCUCUGCAGUGGGGGGGCAGUCAAUACUCUUGGAAUAAUCCUCGAAUCAUCGUCUUGUUCGUGCUUGCCGGUGUGCUCUUGAUCGCUUUCAUGGGAAGCCAAGUUAGGCUAAAUGAAAAGGCCACACUUCCACCACGAAUAAUGAGGAAUCGAAACGUCUGGUCCUCAGCGUGGUACGCGGCUACUCUCAACGGUGCCUACUUGGUAUUCAUCUACUAUCUCCCUAUCUGGUUUCAGGCAAUUAAAUCGGCGUCAGCCACUAAAUCCGGCGUUAUGAACCUGCCGAGCAUUAUAUCUGUCGUUAUUGUCUCAAUUCUAUCGGGUAUCCUUGUCACUAUUUUCGGCUACUACAACCCAAUCAUGAUCCUGGCCUCCAUCGUGAUGGUGGUUGGUGCUGUGCUACUGAGUACGCUAACGCCGAAGUCGGGUGAUGCCAUGUGGAUAAGCUACCAAAUUCUCAUGGGCAUAGGUGUGGGUUUGGGUAUGCAACAGCCAUUUAUAGUGGUUCAGAAUAUGCUACCCGAUGAUGACAUACCAACUGGAACCGCCGUGAUAACAAUCGCCCAGACCUUGGGUGGUGCAAUCUUCAUCUCUGUGGCUCAGAAUGUCUUUCAGAAUCGUUUUUCUCGCGUCUUGCAUGCUAAAGACCCCGCGGCCAACGUGGCUGAGGUUCUCUCAGCUGGCACAACCACACUUCACCAAAAUAUUUCUGAAGACCAGCUUCCAGUCAUUCUCGAAUGCUAUAACUCUGCUGUGACGCAGGCAUUCUAUGUGGCAGUGGCUCUGGCGGGACUUUCCUUGCUCGGGACCAUUGCGUUGGAAUGGAAGUCUGUCAAAGAGAACCGAAAGUCAGAGCCUGUCGAGGAGAAAGGACCCUAG